UUCCUUCCUCUGCCUGCGCCUCUCUCUGCUCCUCCUCGUACAGAGCAAGCUGCACUGCUGCAGCAGCAGCAAGAAACCAAACGCAGCACACACAAAGCUUUGUUCUUCUUGCUCUUCUUAUACUCGAAGCUGCGCCAUUCUUUGCUCCUAUCUGAGCCAGAGCGCGCCAUGGGGAGGCACAAGUUCCGGCUGUCCGACAUGAUCCCGAACGCGUGGUUCUUCAAGCUCCGCGACAUGCGCGCCGCACGGGGAGGUGCUGGCGCCGGCGGCGGCAGCCCCGGUGGAGUGGUCACGCAGGCGUCGGUGGCUGUGUCCCGGGCGGGGAGGGCGUGCCGGCCGCUGCCGAACACGCCCAGACAUGGCGCGUGGCUGCCGCACAGGGCGUCGUACUACUACACGCCGCGGGCCGGCGACCUACUCCUGGGGUCGCCGCUCCACCCCAAGGGCUCCGACACGCAAUUCCCUCCACUGCAGCUGUCGCCGCCGAGGAGGUCCAGGCGCCGACACAGGAGGCGGUCCGUCAAGCUGGCUCCGUCCGUCAGCGGCAGCAGCGUCCUAUCCUCGCCGGUGUCCACCGGCUGCCGGUGCGGGCGCAAGCCAGAGCUCCUGGUGGUCGAGGCGCCGGACACUCCACCGUGCCGGCGCGACAAGUUCGUCGGCUACAUUGGCGAGGAGGAGGAGGAGGCGGAAUUCAAGAAGCCGACGGUUGCCAUCCCCGCGUGUGACGAGCUCGACGGCAAGGUGAUCACCUCCGCCACGGACAUCAUCAUUGACCUGCGGACCGAGAAGAGGCCCGACAAGGUGCUCCCUCCUAUCGUGACAAAGCCGGCAAGGAGAGAGCUCGACGGCUGCGAUCUAGAGGAGAAACACGUCGACGUCGUACGACGCGCGGUGGCUAAAAAAACCACUUCUCUCCUCGAACAGAGCAAGCCGAGGCGUUCGGCGUCAUCUGCGCGCCGGCUCAAGACGCGCGCCAACACCCCGCGUAUCGUGGCCAAAAAGUCAAAGCCACCGGCGGCAGCGGCGCGCUCGCCGGCCCCGACGACGACGAAGCCGCCUCUCGCGGAGAGCUUCGCGGUGGUGAAGUCGUCGCGGGACCCGAGGAGGGACUUCCGGGAGUCCAUGGAGGAGAUGAUCGCCGAGAACGGCAUCCGCACCGCCGCCGACCUCGAGGACCUCCUGGCGUGCUACCUCUCCCUCAACGCCGCCGAGUACCACGACCUCAUCGUCGACGUGUUCGAGCAUAUCUGGGCCAACCUCGCGGACAUCAAGAUGUAGCAGAGCUCGAGCUAGCUCACUCGUGCUAAUGCAAUGCACCUCUUGUCUUGCAUGGUGAAUCCAAUGAGUCCCAUCGUGCCAAGAGCUGUCGUCUUUGAGAAUCUUGAUUAGCUCUAUCCUGUUAAUAAUCCUAAAAUUGGGUAUGAUAAAUAGUGUUAUCCAAACUUAGGAUACUA